GGAGAGUGCGAGAGAGAACUUUGAUUUAUAGAGGGGGCUUGCUCACAUUAUGGUUGCAGUGUGCACAUGGAUUCAGUAGAACUUUCCCUGCCUGAAUGUUUCUCCUUGCACUCUGAACAAGAGCUCCUCUGCAGAAUGUCAAGCAAGGACCGUCACACUGACUCGAGUUGCCCCUCCUACAUAAAGACCGAGCCCUCCAGCCCUGCUUCCCUCACUGACAGCAUCAACCACCACAGCCCCGGUGGCUCCUCGGAUGCCAGCGGCAGCUAUAGCUCCACCAUGAACGGGCACCAGAACGGCAUGGACUCACCCACGCUCUAUGGCCCAGCAAGCGGGCUGGGACCCAAUGGCACUGCCUCGAAGCGUUACGAAGACUGCUCCAGCACCAUAGGCGAGGACGCACAAAUCAAGUGCGAAUACAUGCUCAACUCCAUGCCCAAGCGCCUGUGCCUUGUUUGCGGUGACAUAGCAUCUGGCUACCACUAUGGCGUGGCAUCCUGCGAGGCCUGCAAAGCUUUCUUCAAGAGGACCAUCCAAGGAAACAUCGAGUACAGCUGUCCAGCCACCAAUGAAUGUGAGAUCACCAAGCGUAGACGCAAGUCCUGCCAGGCCUGCCGCUUUAUGAAGUGUCUAACGGUGGGCAUGAUGCGGGAAGGUGUGCGGCUUGACAGAGUGCGUGGAGGCAGACAGAAGUACAAGCGCCGGAUAGAUGCGGAGAACAGCCCAUAUUUGAACCCGCAGCUGGCCCUACCACCAAAAAAGCCAUUCCCCUUUGGCUGCCUUGCAGAUAACAAGAUUGUGUCCCACUUGCUUGUGGCUGAGCCAGAGAAGAUCUAUGCCAUGCCUGAUCCCACUGUCCCUGACAGCGAUAUCAAAGCCCUCACCACACUCUGUGACCUGGCUGACCGUGAGCUGGUGGUCAACAUUGGAUGGGCCAAACACAUCCCAGGUUUCUCUACGCUCUCUCUGGCAGACCAGAUGAGUCUACUACAAAGCGCGUGGAUGGAGAUCUUAAUCUUGCGUGUGGUGUACCGCUCGCUGUCCUUUGAGGAUAAGUUGGUCUAUGCUGAAGACUACAUCAUGGAUGAAGACCAGUCCAAGCUGGCUGGCUUGCUUGACCUCAACAACGCCAUCCUGCAGCUAGUAAAGAAGUACAAGAGCAUGAAGCUGGAGAAGGAAGAGUUUGUCACCCUCAAAGCAAUAGCACUUGCUAAUUCAGACUCCAUGCACAUAGAGGAUGUUGAGGCAGUGCAGAAGCUGCAGGAUGUGUUGCAUGAAGCUCUGCAGGACUACGAGGCAGGGCAGCAUGUGGAAGACCCGCGCCGGGCUGGAAAGCUGCUCAUGACCCUCCCUCUCCUCCGGCAAACCUCCACCAAGGCCGUGCAGCACUUCUACAGCAUCAAGCAGGAUGGCAAAGUGCCCAUGCACAAACUGUUUCUGGAGCUGCUGGAGGCCAAGGUCUGACUCCAACCUCCUGACCCCACCACCCUUCAUGACCCCACCCUCAGAGAGAAGAAUAAAAGAGAGAACAAAAGAGGUUGGUGAUGGAAGGGGUCAGGCUCGAGACAAACUCCACUCCAGCUGGGAGACUUUGACACUUCCACCACUGGAGGAACCUUGUCGUUUAAAUGUAACACAUUACAAGGAGAAAUGUACACAGUGACAAUGGUGUUUGUAACUAUCAAUGGCAGUAAUAUGUAUUAAAUUGUUACAUGGUGACUACUAAUGAAAACAAAAAGGGAAAGUAUGACUGCACAGAUCAUUUAGCAGUGAACCAGCUUUCAACUC